GGAGAUGCGACUGGAUGAGGCAACCACCAGCACUAUAAAUGCUGUUAGUGACUAGCAUGGGAUACAGUUCACAGCUUCUAGCACCCCUGUGCACAUCAAACUACCAAACAAAUACAAAAUGGUCUUCAAGUUGUUGGUCUUCUCCUGCCUGCUGGCUGCGGCAUACGCAAGCGUACCGGCGGCGUACGCGGCCGCACCCGUGGCGUAUACGGCCCCUGUUGCGGCGGCCCCCGUCGCGGCGAGGAUCGAAGAGCUCGUCGACCCCCUACCGCAGUACAGAUUCGGAUACAACGUGGCGGAUUCGCUCACUGGCGACUACAAGAGCCAAUCAGAGCAGCGUGACGGAGACGUCGUGCAGGGACAAUACUCCCUCGUCGAGCCCGACGGCACCCGUCGCGUCGUGGACUACGCCGCCGACUCUGUUAAUGGAUUCAACGCUGUCGUGCGCAAGGAGCCCCUAGUAGCUGCCGCACCUGUGAUCGCCGAGCCCGCGGUCGUUCCCGCUCGCAUCGCCGCCGCACCCGUCGUCGCUUCCGCUCCCGUUGUCGCCGCUCGUUACGCCGUCGCACCCGCCGCUCGCUACGCUGUAGCUCCAGCAGCACCUGUUGCAGCGGCACCCGUAGUCGCGAAAUACGCUACUCCUUAUGCUCAAUACGUGUCCGCUGCUGCACCCAUCGUGAGCGCCCGCUACACCGCUCCUUAUGUAGCUGCACGUUACGCGACCCCUUACGCAGCGUACACCGCGCCCGUCGCCACUGCGUACAGCACGCAGGUGUCUUCUUACACUGCGGCUGCCCCCGUCGCCGCCUACGCCGCCCCAGCAGCAUACACAGUAGCCGCUCCCGUUGCUGCAGCUUAUACAGCAACCGCUCCCGUCGCGGCUGCGUACACGGCAGCUGCUCCCGUUGCUGCGUACACGGCAGCCGCUCCCGUUGCCGCAGCGUAUACAGCGGCUGCUCCCGUUGCUACGUACGCAGCAGCUGCCCCCGUUGCGGCUGCGUACACAGCAGCUGCUCCCGUUGCCGCUGCGUAUACAGCACCAGUGGCCGCUCCUGCUAGGUACGUGGCACCAGCAGCGUACGCCGCCCCCGUCGCCGCCGCACCCGCCCGCGUCGCUGCCGCUCCAGCGAAGCUCGUCGAGACUGUUGCCGCCGGAUACCGUUACCCUUAGAGAAGACCCUUAGCUUGACGGCUCAUUUUAUCAAAGACUUGUAUAUAGCUAAAUAAAUUCUUAUUUUGUUUA